AUGUUAUACAGUCCUUUGGAAUCUUUCUUUGCAGCUUGCACACAGGGGAGCCAGGAGGCCUUCGUGGUGGAAGGAGAAGAUAAACAUGGACUUUACCAAUAUUAUGCUGGGAUUCAUCAUUCACAUACUCUCUAUAUACAAACAUCCACAAAUAAUUCUGCUGCAACUAAUAUUUUAUGUCCUUUCCGUGCACUCUCUACUUCCUUCCUAGAACACUUGAAGGAUAAGUUAGAAGACUACAUGGCUCGAUUUUCUAAAGUGAGGAUUGUUCGUACCAAGAAAAGGGAAGGGCUCAUCCGGACCCGACUCCUGGGGGCAUCUAUGGCAAGAGGAGAAGUCCUGACGUUCCUGGACUCCCACUGCGAGGUCAAUGUGAACUGGCUACCGCCCCUCCUUAACCAAAUUGCACUAAACCACAAAACCAUCGUGUGUCCCAUGAUCGAUGUCAUUGACCACAAUCACUUUGGGUAUGAGGCACAAGCUGGGGAUGCCAUGCGAGGAGCCUUCGACUGGGAAAUGUACUACAAAAGAAUCCCCAUCCCUCCAGAGCUCCAGAGGGCAGAUCCCAGCGACCCUUUUGAGUCUCCUGUUAUGGCUGGAGGUCUCUUUGCUGUGGAUCGAAAGUGGUUUUGGGAAUUGGGUGGCUAUGAUCCAGGUUUAGAAAUCUGGGGAGGAGAACAGUAUGAAAUCUCUUUUAAGGUUUGGAUGUGUGGAGGAGAAAUGUUUGAUGUUCCAUGUUCUAGAGUUGGUCACAUCUACAGGAAGUACGUCCCUUACAAAGUCCCAUCUGGGACCAGCCUGGCCAGAAACCUGAAGCGGGUUGCUGAGACCUGGAUGGAUGAAUUUGCCGAAUACAUUUAUCAGCGACGGCCCGAAUACAGGCACCUCUCCACAGGGGACAUCUCCGCCCAGAAGGAGCUGCGCAAGCAGCUCAAGUGCAAGGACUUCAAAUGGUUCAUGGCUGCAGUGGCCUGGGAUGUGCCUAAGUACUACCCUCCAGUGGAGCCCCCACCUGCUGCCUGGGGGGAGAUUCGAAAUGUGGCAGCAAACCUCUGUGUGGACAGCAAGCAUGGAGCCACAGGAACCGAGCUGAGACUGGAUAUCUGUGUCAAGGAUGGUUCUGAAAGGACAUGGUCUCAUGAACAGCUCUUUACCUUUGGAUGGAGAGAGGAUGUUCGACCUGGUGAGCCACUGCACACCCGAAAAUUCUGCUUCGAUGCGAUCUCGCACAACAGCCCAGUCACUCUCUAUGACUGUCAUGGCAUGAAGGGGAACCAGCUCUGGGGAUACCGGAAGGAUAGAACAUUAUUCCAUCCUGUGAGCAACAGCUGCAUGGAUUCCAACCCCGCAGAGAAGAAGAUUUUCAUGGCCAGAUGUGACCCUCUAUCUGAAACUCAGCAGUGGAUUUUCGAACACAUUAAUAUGACCAUCUUAGAAAAAUUUAACCACCAUGCCAGCUCAUAGAAAGAAAGAAGGAAGAAAGAAAGAAUGAUUACCUACAGAUUAUAAACUAAAUUUUAGCCAGCAUCUGGGUCAAAGGAGUCAGGAAUAACAUUUCCUAGAUCCAAGAAGUCUGGUUUAAAGAGUUGUAAAUGCCAUGUCAAAGUAGGUUGUCUUGAAGAACUUCCUGCAUCCGAAGACCUUGGCUGAGAACCUCACCAGCUGCUUCUGAGAACUUGAGACUAGCAGUUCCCUUGCUGGCCAAGGGCAAAGAUUAUUUAGGGACUUUUCAAAAACACUGCUGAGUUUAAAUCCUAGCAUUUCUCAGGUCAAAUCCUGCAGUAGUGAGUAGCUAUGAAUGGAUCCUAUUAAUGGGUGGGAGGGGGGUAGAAGAGAGUGCAUGACUGCUCUGACCACCUGAGGACACCACAGGUUUAGGACUAGCCACACAUAAGGGGUGAGCUGUACUCUUUGGUGCCAUUCUCUGACUAAGAAUGGGUUAAGCAGGUUUAACCCUCAAAAGUGCUGCAGAUGAUUUUAGAGUGCUCAUACCAUCCUGUUUCCUUCUGUUUUAUUUGUAAACAAGGGUGCGAUAUCUAAUGUAAGACUUAAAUUACAUAAUGAAAUGGACUUCCAAUGUUUCCAUUCUUUCGUUUUGCAUUUGCCAUUUUCCUUUUAGAGCAGAAGUGACUUGUUCAUAAAAGUUCAUGCUCCAUCAAUCAGCUAAAGUUCUAACUCAGUGCCCUGGUAUGAAUCCAGCUAAACACAAAAACAGACUAUGCUACCAAGUUACUCCAAAGAAAGACUUCACAGAAGCAGCAAAACCAUGUAAGAUUUAGGACAGUGAUUUCCCCUCAAAAAAUCUAUUUUCACUUUUCUAUUAUUUUUAGAAUCUUAAAAUCUGAUGUCUGUCCAUCAAAAUUAAUAUAAAAAUUAGUUAAUAUAAAAAUUAUUUUAAAAUAAUAAUUUUUAUUAAGGAAGGACAUGGAGUAAGGUUGAUGUAAUUUGUUUAGGAGAUUCUUAAACCCAAAUAAAUCUACACUCCAAGUGACAUGUGAAAA